AUGAAGCCACUCCUACUCAGUUCAGAGGAAGUGAAACUGAUCUCAGAGAGCUGCUCUCUCUCAGUCUGUGACUGCAGGAAAAUGGCCAGUAUUUCAGUAGAUCAGGACCAGUUCAGCUGUCCAGUCUGUCUGGAUCUGCUGAAGGAUCCAGUGGCUAUUCCCUGUGGACACAGUUACUGUAAGGUGUGUAUUAAUGGCUGCUGGGAUCAGGAUGAUCAGAGGGGGGUCUACAGCUGCCCCCAGUGCAGAGAGACUUUCACUCCAAGGCCUGUUCUACACAGAAACAACAUGCUGGCUGAAGUGGUGGAGAAACUGAAGAAGACAGAACUCCGAGCUGCUUCUCCUGCUCACUGUUAUGCUGGACCUGGAGAUGUGGAGUGUGAUUUCUGCACUGGGAGGAAACUCAAAGCCAUCAAGUCCUGUUUGGUUUGUUUAGUUUCUCUUUGUGAAACUCAUCUUAAACCUCAUCUUCAACUUCCUGCUUUAGUAAAUCACAAGCUGGUCAAAGCUUCCACACAACUACGAGAGAAGAUCUGCUCUCAGCACGACAAACUGAUCGAGAUCUACUGUCGUACUGACCAAACAUGCAUCUGCUAUUUGUGCAUGUUGGAUCAACACAAAGGUCAUGAUUCAUUCUCAGCUGCAGCAGAAAGAACCGAGAAACAGAGUCAGUUAAAGGGAAUUCGGGGGAAAUCUCAGCAGAGAAUCCAGGAGAACCAGAAAAAGCUGCAGGAGCUGAAACAGGCUGUGAACAGUAUUAAGAGCUCUGCACAGACAGCAGUGGAGGACAGUGAGAGGAUCUUUACUGAGCUGAUCUGCUCCAUUGAGAAAAAGCGCUCUGAGGUAACAGAGCUGAUCAGAGCUCAGGAGAAGACUGAACUGAGUGGAGCUGAAGAGCUCAUUGAACAGCUGGAGCAGGAGAUUGCUGAUCUAAAGAGGAGAGACACUGAGCUGGAGCAGCUUUCACACACAGAGGAUCACAUCCAUUUCCUACAGAGUUUCCAGGCUCUUUGUGUCUCUUCUGGAUCUGAAGACUCUCCCAACAUCACUAUCAGUCAACAUCUCUCAUUUGAUAAAGUGAGCAAAUCUCUGUCUGAUCUGAAGAAGCAACUGGAGGAAUUCUGUGAAGCGACACUCAACAGAAUCUCUCCACAUGCUGCAGCAGUUCAGAUCUUACUGUCAGAACCACAAACCAGAGAAGACUUUCUACAGUAUUACUGUCAGCUGACUCUGGAUCCCAACACAGCACAUCCUCACCUCAUUCUGUCUGAGGAAAACAGAAAGGUGAGAUACAGUGACAAUGUCCAGGCGUACUCUGAUCAUCCACAGAGAUUUGACCACUGGUGGCAGGUUCUGUGUGAGGAGAGUGUGAGUGGACGCUGUUACUGGGAGGUUGAGUGGAGCAGUGAGGUUUUGGGAUGUGUGUACAUAUCAGUCUCAUAUAAAGGGAUCAGCAGGAAAGGAUCAGGUAAUGACAGUAAGUUUGGACACAACAGUCAGUCCUGGAGUCUUCGCUGUGGUUUAACUUUCUCCUUCUAUCACAACAACACUGUAACUAAGAUCUCAGCUCCGUCCUCCUCCAGAAUAGGAGUGUAUGUGGAUCACAGAGCAGGAACUCUGUCCUUCUACAGCGUCUCUGACACAAUGACCCUCCUACACACAGUCCACACCACCUUCACUCAGCCUCUCUAUGCUGGAUUCUGGUUUCCUUUUUCUGGAUGCAGCGUGACUUUACGCAAUUCAGAGUGAUUUUUCAAGUUUUAACUUUAAAUCAAUACUACUUUUCUGUUUAUCAGAGGACAAUAUCAUGAUGGAUUUUGAUGAAAUGUUGUUGUUGCACAUAUAGUUUUUAUUUUGUGGAAAGAAAAAUCAUCCCUUAGAUGGUUUUAGUAUCUUUUUGACAUCAAGAAAAUUAGGGACUGCAACACAAAUGCAAACUCAAACCUGGAAAUUAAAUGUAAUAAUGUAAUUACAUUAAAUAAUGAAGUAAAUUGAAUGUAUAGUUGAACAACAGUAAUGAAUCUAGACUUCCUUACAUUACAAAAACAUUUUAAAUCACCACAUUACUCUGAAAUUAUGUCUUUCCAAAAUGUUUUACAGCUCUCCUCAUUGUAAUCCACUGCAGUCUUAUAGCUGGAGCUCAAACUCAUCUUCUAGAUCAGUGUUUCCACUAAGGUCCUGUAGUCCACAUGCACUGCACAGUUUAGUUUAUUCCUGAUCUGUCACACCUGAUUCAGCUCUAGAAGGACUUGACCAUUAGCUAAUGAUGUGACUGAGGUGCAGGAAACACUAAACUGGGUUCCUGUAGGACUGAACCUGGAAAUCACUGCAGAACUGCUUUAUAUCCACAUUGUUGAGUCUCUAUCACUUUGAAUAUAACAGAAAGCUUCAUGAACAGCCAAAUAAUGUUAUAAGUAUAUUGUAUGCUGUGACACUAACAGCAUUGUUGUAUUUAGUACAUCGAUUCAUUCCUUUCUUUAUUAAACUUCCAAAACUGCCA